AGCUUGAAGUUCACCAUGGGGUGGCGGGAACAAAAUAACAUAAAUGAACAAAAUUUUUUGGACAAUUCAUUAAUUUAGUUCUUUGUUGUUUUUGUUUGAAUAAUGAUAAUUCAAUCGUUGUGCACAAUGAUUAGUGACAAUGAAUUGCUUCGACAGGAUCCCAAAGUGGGGGUGGACUUAUUCGCCUGGAAGGACGACAACGAUGACAUUCAAAUGAGAGUUUUGACGGAUCAGGAUAUCGAACAGAAAUUGAUCCAAAUCUACUUCUCCCUUUUGACUGACAAAUACCAGGAUGUUAGGGACAUGACUGUAAACGUCGGGCCUGCACGCACCUGUCUUAUAAGCAUCACUGAAAAGAUCACCAGUCAGUUCAAUAGCGAUGCUUUGGACCUCGAGGGUUGCAAAGUUAAAGAACUUUAUGAACAGUGGGGAUGGAAAGUGGAUCCUGCCUUGACCUAUUCUUUCCACAUUUACAGCGACGAUUCAUGGGUAGCUGACCAAUUCAGGUUCCGCAUCCGGAGAAAGUUUGGAGUUGUCUGCGCCAAAGCCCCGUACACCUCAGAGGUAGUGUUGGCGAAACACGCUGAGAAGAUUGAUGAUCAUUUGCGGCAGUUUCUCCAUCGUCUUCCUCAAAUUCGACAGGAUUACUUCAACAAACCUCCUCCUCCUCCUCCAGAGCAACUACAAAAUCCACUACCACGCCCACCACCGCAAGAGAAACGUAGUUGUAAGUUUUGUGGUGCAGUUCUAGUUGGAGUCGGGACUGAUGACUUCAACCAUAUGAAAACAAGCCAUUACUCGGGACCAAACGCUAUAUCCUGUGAUCUAUGCCCCUGUACUUUUGCAACACCAACAAGCCGAAAGUCACACCGAGCCAAGUACCACCCAGGAGCAAAACCACAAAAGAGGAAUACAUUCGGUAUCCCCGAUAUUAACGAGGAGGACGCUGGUAAAUGUGACGCCCUAAUUGAGAUUGUCCCACUAGAAGAAGGGUCAAAUUUGACCAAGUAUAGGUGUACUUGGGGACGAGAGUGCGACAAAAUAAAAAACGGAUUGGCCUCUUCUCGCGAACACGUUUGCGCCCAUUUAGGACUCAAACCGCACAUCUGCCCUGCAUCAGGAUGUACCUAUUCCUCUUCAUUUUACGGCGGGACUGUCGUCCAUUACAAGAACCAGAGGAUAAGGACUCUGAGGAACAACAAGAGGAACCCCCACAUAAAAAGACAAAAUCCUCAACUCCACCAUAAAAAUUAAGUACACGAGUUAUCCCUGACUAGCUGAUUACCAUUUUUUUGCAUAAACAUGUUCAUGUUAAGUCUUUAUAUAUCCAUUAAUAAUUAAUAAAAUAU